AUAGUUCCAAAGAUGCUCAUGAACAUGCAGACUCAGCACUUAUCCAUCCCCUAUGUGGGGUGCAUUUCUCAGUUGUAUUUUUUCAUAGUUUUUGGUUGUCUUGAUAACUUCCUUCUUGCAGUGAUGGCAUAUGACAGGUAUGUGGCCAUCUGUCAGCCACUCCACUACACCACUGUCAUGAGGCAGGAGCUGUGUAUCUCAUUAGUAGCUGGGUCCUGGUUCUUCUGUUGCAUCCAUGCCCUGUUGCACACCCUCCUCUUGGUCCAACUGCCCUUCUGUGCUAAUAACACCAUCCCCCACUUCUUCUGUGACCUCACUGUGCUCCUGAAGAUAAGCUGCUCAGACAUCUCUCUCAAUGAGCUAGUCAUCUUUACUGAAGGAGGAAUGUUUUUCAUCCUGCCUUUGAGUAGUAUCUUGGGCUCAUAUAUUCGUAUAGGGACAACUGUCCUGAGGAUCCCCUCUACUAAGGGUCUCUUUAAAGCCUUUUCUACCUGUGGCUCCCAUCUUUUUGUGGUGUCUCUAUACUAUGGGACACUUGCAGGUGUUUACUUUUUCUCCUCAUCAUGGGACUUCAAAGACAAAGACAUAAUUGCUUCAGUCAUGUAUACAGUAGUUACCCCUAUGUUGAACCCCUUCAUCUAUAGCCUGAGGAACAAAGAUAUAAAACAGGCCCUAGAAAUAUUUGUCAAGAGGGAUAACUUUUAA